AAGCCAUCUUUCUUCAUUUGUUUGCUCUCUUUCUCUCUGUCUCCCCUUCGAAGGAGCACUGGGACCAAGGAAUCAGCGCGGAGGUUUCUCUCCUUCUCUCCUUCUCUCUCUAUCUUCAUUCCUUUUUGGCCGUAGACCUGAGAAAAGGGUACGCGAUUGAGGUCAUCGCGGGUGUCGUUUUCUCUCUCUCUUUCAAUGCCACUACCUUCGCUUCACGGGCUUUGGAUUGUUUGAUUUGACUUUUGAGUUGGAUAGAGUUCUACCUGCAUAUAAAGCUUGUGCUAUUUUAUUCUAAAUUUUGUGUUUUGUGGUUGUUCUUUGCUUGUUCUGUCCUUAGAUCCCCAUUUUCUUUUCUCUGGUUGUUGUUCAUAUUUGUUUGGUAUCUUAAAGGUAUACUUUUUCCCUCAUUCUGUAUGAGAUUAGUUUGAUUUUUGUUUCAUUUGCACUUUGUUGCUGUUUUUUUUUCCUGAACUUCUCUAGUAGUAAAGUUCACACCUUUCUGGUUUUUGUUAUGUUUUCUUUGCUUUCUAUCAAUUUUACCAGUCUUGUUCAUCUAAAAGUCUAAAAGUUCACUCCUUUCCUUCAAUUAGCUCACCUAUUUCUCCUUUUUAGUUCAUACUUGCUUGCAUUUUCUCCCUUUUAUUCAUUUCCCUUCUUCAAUUCAAUCUCAUUUCACUAAAAUCUAGUACUAGAUGUAAAAAAAAACCUUAAAGAAAGAGAGCCCGAACAUCACAACAAGAAGAUAUCAUCCACAUUAAAAGGAAUGGGUUGUUUUGACUACUUCAAAGAGAAGCUCAAGUAUAAGCAGCAAAGAAGAUCAACUCCUAUCUCUGCAACAACGUCCAACCAUGGGACAAGUAGAUCCACUGAUUCAGGUGCUGGCAAGCAAACAAGCAAGUCUUCAGGGUCUUCCUCUUCACAACGCAGCAUACCAGCACUGUAUGAAGAGAAAGCACAACAUUUGCGUGUUUUCGAUCUUAAGGAGCUCAGGAAUGCUACUAAUGAUUUCAGCAGACUGUUGAAGAUUGGGGAGGGUGGUUUUGGAAGUGUAUAUAAGGGUUUAAUUAAGCCUUUUGGUAGCAAGAAAGAAAGCACCAUAGUUGCAGUGAAGAAGCUAAACCAGAAUGGUUUGCAGGGGCACAAGCAAUGGUUGGCAGAAGUUCAGUUUCUUGGAGUUGUUGAACACCCAAACCUUGUAAAGCUCCUCGGUUAUUGUUCUGAAGACGGUGAAAGAGGAAUACAAAGGUUGUUGGUGUAUGAGUUCAUGCCUAAUAAAAGUUUAGAGGAUCAUUUGUUCAACAAAGCUUAUCCUUUUCUCCCAUGGAGUACAAGACUCCAUAUUGCAUUGGGUGCAGCUGAGGGGUUAGCUUAUCUGCAUGAAGGGCUGGAAGUCCAGGUAAUAUAUAGAGAUUUUAAAGCCUCGAAUGUUCUGUUAGAUGGAGAAUUUAACCCAAAACUUUCAGAUUUUGGGUUAGCAAGAGAAGGACCGGCAGAAGGGGACACUCAUGUAUCCACUGCAGUAAUGGGGACAUACGGGUAUGCAGCUCCGGAUUAUGUCGAGACUGGCCAUCUGACAUCGAAGAGUGAUGUUUACAGUUUUGGAGUAGUACUGUUCGAGAUCCUCACCGGAAGGCGAUCAAUGGAGAGAAACCGUCCAAGACACGAGCAGAAACUUUUGGAUUGGCUGAAACAAUGCAAGAGUUUCAGCAAGAUUAUGGAUCUGAGGCUUGAAAAUCAGUACUCGAUGAAGGGUGCUAAGGAAGUUGCAAAAAUAGCUUACAGUUGCCUGGAGAAGAAUGCCAAGGAUCGCCCGAAGAUGAGCGAUGUGGUUGAGUGGUUGAAGCAAGCGAUGCAAUUUACUGAUUUGAGUGGUCCAGAGGAGUCCAUGGAGGAGUUUGCUUUCACUGAUUCUGAUAAUGAGAAGAAAGUUGAACAAGCAAGUGGUGUUGAAUCUCAGAAAAGACGAAUGCUUCACCUGGCUAAACUGAAUGAGAAUGCAAAUGCCAUCGGCAUGCGAAAAUUUGUGAUGAUGAAUGCUGCAAACUCGAGGUAAAUUACGUGCAGAUAUAACUUCUUCAGUUUUGUGUGUAUAUGUUCUAUGCUUGAAACGAUGAUCGGCAAGCUGGUCUAAUCUGAUGUAUGUCUUUGAAUGCCUUGAUGAUUUUUUUUUUCUUGAAUUAUUUCACAAGUUUGGAGUAACUAGUAUGGAUGGAGGUUAGCCUGACAUAGUGUUUCUGAUUUAUGAGAAAUAGUGAGGCAAGUUUGAUGUGCGCUGUAUAUCUUGAUCUAUGUAAUAUCAAUUGUCUGAGCUUUUCUUGAAGCUUAUUCAUUC